UUUCAAUCGCGUGGGAUCGUUGCAACACUAUGCUCAUGUCUUGGAUCACCAAUUCAUUGGAACGUGAAAUUGCCCAAAGCGUCAUGUGGAUGGAAUCUGUUUCUGAAAUAUGGGCUGAACUUCGUGAAAGGUAUCAUCAAGGUGAUGCUUUUAGGAUUUCUGAUUUGCAAGAAGAAAUUUAUAGCCUUCGUCAAGGUGAUUCUUCAAUUACUUCUUACUAUACCAAACUAAAGCAAUUGUGGCAAGAGUUAGAAAAUUUUCGUCCUUUACCUUCUUGUUCUUGUAAUGUGAAAUGUUUGUGUGCCCUAAUUCCCAAGAUUCGUAGAUAUCGUGAUGGGGAUUAUGUAAUUCGUUUUCUAAAAGGCCUUAAUGAGCAAUACUCUGCAGUUCAAUCUCAAGUGAUGUUAAUGAAUCCUCUUCCUAGUAUAAACAAGGUAUUUUCUAUGUUAGUACAACAAGAAAUGAAUCUUUUUCCUAAUCCUGAGGAGUCUCCUACCAUUGUUGCCAUUUCUAAUCAUAGUGGGGGUUUGCCCAAUGGUCGUGGUCGUGGUCGCGGUUCUCGUUAUUGUACUCAUUGUAAUCGUCGUGGCCAUACUGUGGAGGUUUGUUUCCGAAAACAUGGAUUUCCCCCUCAUUUUCACAAGAAUGGUAACAACUCUGCUAAGGUUUGUGCCGCUGAUUCUGUUAACAUUGACGAUGAUCAAAAGACACAAUCUCUCAAUGAGUCUUCUAGUGAUUUACAUUCUGGUUUCACACCCGAACAACAAAAGGCUCUUCUUUCCUUACUUCACCCUUCUUCAAGUGUCAACCAUUUAGUAAAUCCUGCACAAUCAGGUGAUGAUAUGAAUGAAAUCACACGUCUCAAAUCUGUCUUGCAUUCCAAAUUUAGUAUUAAAGAUUUGGGUGUUGUUAAAUAGGCUUUGAAAUUGCAAGGAACUCCAAAG